GCCUGCACCACCGUAAUGGCGGCCGCGACCCUGCUGCGCGCGACGCCCCGCUUCUGCGGUCUCGGCGCCAAGCCGACCCCACGACUGCAGGGUCUGCUGCGGCCGCCCAAGGCCCGGACGCUGCCGCCCUGGUGCCGCGGUUUGGCCGUGGAGGCGAAGAAGACCUAUGUACGCGACAAGCCCCACGUGAACGUGGGUACCAUCGGCCAUGUGGAUCACGGCAAAACCACGCUGACAGCGGCCAUCACCAAGAUUUUAGCGGAGGGCGGCGGAGCCCAGUUUAAGAAAUAUGAAGAGAUCGACAAUGCCCCGGAAGAGCGAGCCCGGGGCAUCACGAUCAAUGCGGCGCAUGUGGAGUACAGCACCGCCUCCCGCCACUACGCCCACACAGACUGCCCAGGCCAUGCCGAUUAUGUGAAGAAUAUGAUCACGGGUGCUGCUCCCCUGGAUGGCUGCAUCCUGGUGGUGGCAGCCAAUGACGGCCCCAUGCCCCAGACCCGAGAGCACUUACUCCUGGCCAAACAGAUUGGGGUGGAGCACAUCGUCGUGUACGUGAACAAGGCGGACGCGGUGCAAGACUCCGAGAUGGUGGAGCUGGUGGAGCUGGAAAUCCGGGAACUGCUCACGGAGUUUGGCUACAAAGGAGAGGAGAUCCCAGUGAUCAUAGGCUCUGCCCUCUGUGCCCUCGAGCAACGGGACCCCGAGCUGGGCCUGAAGUCAGUGCAGAAGCUGCUGGACGCUGUGGACACCCACAUCCCGGUGCCCACUCGGGACCUGGAGAAGCCUUUCCUGUUGCCCGUCGAAUCCAUUUACUCUAUCCCGGGCCGGGGCACGGUGGUGACAGGUACACUGGAGCAGGGCAUCUUGAAGAAGGGCGAUGAGUGUGAGUUCCUGGGACACAGCAAGAACAUCCGCACUGUGGUGACAGGCAUUGAGAUGUUCCAUAAGAGCCUGGACAGGGCAGAGGCGGGUGACAACCUUGGGGCUCUGGUCCGAGGCUUGAAACGCGAGGACCUGAGGCGGGGCCUGGUCAUGGCCAAGCCAGGUUCCGUCCAGCCCCACCAGAAGGUGGAGGCCCAGGUUUACAUUCUCAGCAAGGAAGAAGGGGGUCGUCACAAGCCUUUCGUGUCCCACUUCAUGCCUGUCAUGUUCUCCCUGACUUGGGACAUGGCCUGCCGUAUCCUCUUGCCCCCCGGGAAGGAGCUUGCCAUGCCAGGGGAGGACUUGAAGCUCACCCUGAUUCUGAGGCAGCCAAUGAUCCUAGAAAAGGGUCAGCGGUUCACCCUGCGAGACGGGAACCGGACCAUUGGCACUGGCCUGGUCACUGACACCCAGGCCUUAACGGAGGAGGACAAGAACAUCAAGUGGAGUUGAGUCUAUGGCCCUCUGCUCAGAGAUCUGCUUCAGCGUUGCCCUGGCCAGUGUCCCCUUCUGCCCCUGCAGCCAGCCCUUGGCAACCCAGGAGAAGAGCUUGACUGACUUCCCCUGUUCCCAAGGAAUGGCCACCCAGUACGAGCAGGCCAAUAAACUGUUCUGUGAAUAGAA